ACGAAUUGGGUUAUUUGAUAGAAUGCUAUUAUUCUACAAGAGAAUAUGAGAAAUUUGAACAGUCUUUCAAUAUUUUUCGAAAAGAAUAUAAUAGAGAACUGAAGACUGCACGUAGCAAACGAAUGCAAAAAAAAAAUAGUAACCGUUUAACUUUUAUUAAGCAAUUUGAAGAAAAGAUUAAAAUAUUUGAAAAUUUACAAAGAGAUCUUCAAAGCAAAUUGCAUUCAAAAUAUUUAGGGGAAGUCGAUGACCAUAGCAUGUUUAUUCCUUAUGAAGGAUACAAAGGCAGUUUAGACGAAAACAUUUCUUCAGCAUCAGUUGCUUGCACUUUUAUAUCAAAACAUUUUGAUGGAAAACGAUAUGGUAAAAUCUUAGCAAAUCGGCAUAUUCCAACGGGAAAAAUUAUUGCAUUCGAAAAACCAUUAGACCGUGAAUAUUAUACACCUAUUCUGCAAUGCGAAUAUUGCUUUCAAUUGACUACCAUUUUGUAUACCUGUUUUAAAUGCCAUCAAAAAUAUUAUUGUCGAUUGCAAUGCCUUAAGGAUGAUUUGAAAAUUCACCAAUAUGAAUGUUGUGGCCUACGAAACGGUUUGCUAUACUCGAUGGAUGCCACUAUGCUUUUUCGGCUUUUUAUCAAAAGUUUAUCAUAUAUUCAGACUUAUAUCUUCAGCAAGAAUACAAAUGCGCCUGAUAUCCACGAUUUUUUUGAGCUAGUUAUGGAUAAUAUAAAAUUUGGACCUCAAGCUAGAAUUAAAAAAGUUCUCUCUAAUUUUGAUAGUUAUAAGACAGUUGAUAACAGUGAGAUAUAUUCAAUGGCCACGUAUGCACUGCGCCUUGCUGUUUAUGCUGUGGAAAGAACUUCAAUACUUGAAGAUUUUUUUUCAAAUGUUCAAUUUGAAAAAGCUGAUUUACUGGUUUUUAUAGCUUCCAUUUUAUUGAGGCUUCAAAACCAAGUAAAAAUCAAUUCGGUUGAACUCGGCUAUGUAUUUGUACAUCCUGAAAAUAUUCAAAACAUCGAAGUUCAACCAUGUCAAAGUGAGGUUUUCAAUCCCAAUUUUUCUCGGAAAAAUUCUUCUCAAACUAUCUUUGAGUACUGCAACUAUAGUGAAAAUGAAGCACAAAUUGAAGCUCUACAGUUAAUUGCGGCAUAUGCUUAUGAAGCUCGGUCUAAAACUGGGUUUAUUCGUUAUAGAAACAUACAAUUACCAACUAAGGUUACAAGAAAAUUUAUGAAUCAAGCGUAUAUAGAUAAUGUUGGAAAUGCAGAUCACGAAUUUACUUUGGAAGAAAAGUUAAACAUUGCAUAUCGCGCUACCAAAGAAAUAUUACAUAUCCGUAUGAAUACGUUCAACACGAAUUUAUCUGAUAACACUUCAGCUGCUACAAUGCAAGGUGUAUAUCCAGUCGUGACGAAAUUCCGUCAUUCUUGUGAUUCAAACGCUACACCAAUAUUGCUAGAAUCAGGAGCUUUGCUUAUAAAAGCUAAUAAAGAAAUAUGGCAAGGUGAAGAAAUAACUUUAUCAUAUCUUGCUGACUAUAAAUAUUACCCCAAUUCUACACGCAAGCAAUUACAAGCUUAUUUAAAGUUUAAUUGUAAUUGUAAAUUUUGUGUUGAAGAUAUCGAUUUUUGGAAACUUAAUAAUUCAAUAUAUUGCUAUAUGUGUCGCAAAAUUAUAGAAGGAUCAAAAUGUAUCACUUGUAAUAUUGACAAACAAAAAACAUGUGCAAUAUAUGAUGACAUUUGCAAGAGUGUUCGAAAUACAAUUAAUAGAAGUCUUUCAGAUGAUGUUAAAGCUUUGAAAUAUCUCAUACUAUUUGAUCAGAUUCAAUCAUUGAUGUAUCGUGAGUCUCAUUAUAACGUUUUCAUUUCUAAUCUCGAAGUUGCCCUUACUUGUGUUCAAAGAAACUUCGUUUAUGAUGCCUAUGUUCUUUUAAAAAAAUUCUUUUACCAAAUUCCAAGUAUAUUAGGGGAAUGGAACUUCCAACAUUUAGUAUACUUAACCAUGAUAUUAGACAAAUUGAUCUGUAUCCUUAAUGGAAAUAUUAGUCAUAACGAAAGUUUCGUUAAAUCUAAUUUGGAAUUGUUUUACAAUAUAUUGAGUUUAGCAAACAAGGUUGCGAAGAAACUAAUGGAUCAACAUGAUUUUCUUGAAAUAUUUAACUUUACAACUUUUAAUGUUUUGAUGCAGUAUCAGUUAUUGAUUCGAUUAAAGUACGUUUUGUUUGAUUAUGAAUAUCAAAAUUUACAAAAGCCAGUAGUUAUUAAGGAUGACGAAUGUGAGUUACCAAUGUUAGAAGCAGAGCUUUCCGAAGACAUUCAAGAAAUCGUGUCUGGCCAAAAACAUGGUAAAGAAUGCCAACCAAGUAGUAAUUCCGAAGAGAUUAAUUUUUUUGUUAAAGAAGAUUUAUCUUCAAUAAUGACAAAUUUUAACAAUAAUGAAAUUAUUGACGAAGAAGGUAGUUUUAACUUUAUAAGUCCUGAUAUGACUGGAAAUAAUACUGUAAUUCAAGAGACAGACCUAAGAAAAAUAAUUGAAGACAAUCCAAUUUCCAAAAAGUAAAAUAAAAUUA